AUGCUCCAGGUCGAACAGACCAGACCCACACCAGUCAUCGGAAUGCCUCCUCGUCGCGCCCGCCAGCCCACUACAGAUGCCGCGCCGGCGGCAAAGCCCGCUCGUGCGAGCAGCCGCACAGCCACCAAGCGCGCGGCGUCGCCCGAGUCAUCCCGCACGCCGCCACCUGUCGCCAAACGCUCCCGUGGUGCGGCCAAGAAGAACGAGAACGACGACGUAGCGCCCGCUCCUGCUCCUGCACCUCGCUCUAAGCGCACCCGCGCCACCACUCCCGCAGAGAAGGCCGCACCCAAAGUCAACGGGAAGCCUGCGGAGAAAAAGGAGGUCAAGAAGAAGAGCCCGGUAGAGAAGAAGGAGAAGGUCAUGGAGCCGCCGUUCAUCGCCAUCCCUCAACUCCCCGAGCCCGUCCGGCCUUGUAACCAGAUUUUUGUCUGGGGAUGUGGCGACUUCGGACAGUUUGGGCUCGGUCCUAAUCCUGAGGGAAUGGGUGAGAAAGAGAAGCCGAGGAAGCAGGCCUGGGUUGAGAAGAAGAUUGAGGAGGACGUGGUCAAGGGAGGUGUGGUGGCUAUCGCAUCGGGAGGGAUGCACAGCCUGUUCACCGACGAGCAAGGGACUGUAUUCUCUAUGGGUGUCAACGACGAUGCUGCCCUCGGCCGCAAAACAGUCGGCGUCCCCAACCCGGACAAACCCGACGAAUUCCUCAAUUCCGACGUCCUCGGCACCAUCCCCGCCAAAGUCGAGCUCCCUGAGGGCUACCAAGCCGUCCAGAUCGCCGCAGGCGACAGUAUCUCCGCCGCCAUCAGCAACACCGGCGAACUGCGUGUCUGGGGUUCCUUCCGCGCGAAUGAAGGCGCGUUGGGCUUUGCCACGGGCAUGCACGCGCAGUUCGUGCCAGCGCACGUCCUCCCAAACGAGAAAAUCGUGCAAGUAGCCACAGGCAACAACCACCUCCUCGUCCUAACCUCCGCCGGACACAUAUACUCCUGGGGCGCGGGCGAACAAGGCCAGCUCGGCCGGCGCGUCGUCGAGCGGCGCAAGAUCAACGGCACGAACCCGCAACGCGUUGUCCUCGGCACGCGUGGCCGCCGCGCUGUCCGCAUCGGCGCGGGGAACAUGCACUCUUUCGCCGUCGAUGAGCGUGGCGACGUUUGGGGCUGGGGGCUCAACGGUGCAGGGCAGACGGGCACCGGCGCACGUGGGGCUGGGACGGAUGCUGAGGCGAUCGUGCAGAACCCUAUGCGCGUGCCGGGGCUUAGCCCUGAUGAGCUGGGCAACGACGCGCGGGUGGUCGAGAUCAGCGGCGGCGAUUUGCAUACGCUGUUCCUCACUAGUGACGGGCGCGUGUACGCGUGCGGCCGUGCGGACGCCGCGGCGCUCGGGCUGCCGAAGGAUCACGAGGCUCUGGCGGACGGUGCAGCAUCCGUCAACGAACCUGUGCUCGUGCCGUUCCCGGAUGAGAACGACGACGACCCCGUCGUGCAUAUCAGUGCUGGCACGACUUAUAGUGCAGCUGUCACGCAGGAGGGCGCGUUGUAUACUUGGGGCGAGGGCAGCCAGAGCGAGCUGGGUCAGGGCGAUAAGGAGACGAGCGUCACGCCUGGUGUUGUUGUUAGGCGCGAGGGUGGGAAGUGGGCUGCUACGGCUGUUAGCUGUGGUGGUCAGCAUGCGAUGGCGCUGCUUCGCCCUAGGGACGCUUAA